CGGCCGACGCGGCGCUGCCGCCUAGCGGGUUUAGCUAAGCAGAGGCGGCGUCGCUGGCGCUGGGAGAGCAAUGCCUUGAACGGGAAAUUAUGUGAAGCAAAACUCUUUCUGAAUUCUGAAAGACACCAUUUCACCAUGGGACAGCAAAUUUCGGAUCAGACGCAAUUGGUUAUUAACAAGUUACCAGAAAAAGUAGCAAAACACGUCACCUUGGUUCGAGAAAGUGGCUCCUUAACUUAUGAAGAGUUUCUUGGGAGAGUAGCUGAACUCAAUGAUGUAACUGCUAAGGUAGCUGCUGGCCAGGAAAAACAUCUUCUCUUUGAGGUCCAACCUGGGUCUGAUUCCUCUGCCUUUUGGAAAGUGGUUGUACGGGUGGUCUGUACCAAGAUUAACAAAAGCAGUGGUAUUGUGGAAGCCUCGCGGAUCAUGAAUUUAUACCAGUUUAUUCAGCUUUAUAAAGACAUCACAAGUCAAGCUGCUGGAGUGUUGGCGCAGAGCUCUGCCUCUGAAGAGCCCGAUGGGAGCCUGUCCUCUGUAACGUCUUGUCAGGCUAGUCUGUGGAUGGGCAGGGUGAAGCAGCUGACGGAUGAGGAGGAGUGUUGUAUCUGCAUGGACGGGCGAGCUGACCUCAUCCUGCCUUGUGCUCACAGCUUCUGUCAGAAGUGUAUUGACAAAUGGAGUGAUCGGCACAGGAACUGCCCCAUUUGUCGCCUACAGAUGACUGGAGCAAAUGAGUCGUGGGUAGUAUCAGAUGCACCCACUGAGGAUGACAUGGCCAACUAUAUUCUUAACAUGGCCGAUGAGGCAGGCCAGCCCCACAGGCCGUGACUGAGGAAGACUCUUGUUACUGUGAGCUGCAAUACACUGGUCAUAGAGGAGGGGAGAGAUGUGUGGCGCACACAGGAAGGUCAGGUUUUCCACCCUCUUAUUUUUGCUAUUCUGAUAAUAUGUCCCAUUCUUAAAUAAACUCCCUUCCUAUGUCUUCCAUGUAGGGUGGGCUACACUUUGCUACUGUUUGGCCAUAUUCCCCACUGUCCACCUGUUCUUUGUUGCUCUUGAACCCUUUGCUACAGAUAGCAGAAUACUUGACACUACUACUUUUCAGGGAGGGGGUGUUCUGCAUCUUCUUAGCUAGGUUUAAAAUGUAGGGUAUUGAAAGUUGUAGCCAUCUGAGCUAAACUACUGGAACUAAUGUCUCAGUGGGGUUGCUACUGCUGGGACCUGAGGUGCACUCCGCCCCCUUGUGGUUCUUUCUGGAUCCUUCACUACUAUGGCCCAUUUGCUUCCUGGUGUCAAUGUAACUUCAACAUGGGUUCUGGCGCUACUCUUGAUCACUGCGGUGCUGCAGCACUCAGAGAAGGACUCUGAGCUUGGGACUUGGUCUUGCAGUGGAAGAAUUUUCACGGCUGUUCUCCGGACCUGGGGAGGGGUUCACUGGAUUAUCCAUAAUGCCCCGAAGGAAAUCUUUCUUCGUGCAGAUACACUUUUAUAUUCCCGGGUCACUCUGAGUCAUCAAAUCCUGAGCUGGAGUCUUUGUUUUAAGUAAAGGCACCUUUCAGAGGCUUCAGUUUCCUCAAAUCUCUUGGAUUAAAAGAAAAGGAAGAUGAGAUGAAGCUUUUCACCACGCAUUAGUAAACCCCUGAAAUCCAGAGAACGAUUGGCUUCUUCCCAUUCCUCUGCACUCUUCCGAGAAUCUGAAAAGAAUAUGGUAAUGGGAGUGCAGUGCUCGGCCAAUUGCAGCCAUGGCUUACGAGUAAGACUGUUAACAGUUCAGCCUCUAACAGAACUAGUGCAUGAAGUCACGCCACCUUUAAGAGCUCUUAGCAGUCCAUAGACACUUCUCACUCACUGAUUGCAGGUGUUCCUGUUUUUCUAAGUACAAAGGUACACAAUUGAAGUUGCUGCUUAUUGAUUUUUAAUUAAGAUCUUAAUGAGAAUACAAAUAAAUCCCAAAGAAAAAGAUCUAACUUGAUUCCGCCCCCCAAGUACUGCAGACUUCAGUUGUCUACUGACUAUCCCGAUGUGUGAGCAAGUGCAAUGCUGUCCUCUCUCCCAGCUUAGCUGUGUGUUUUGGUUUCCCAGCCUGAGACGGCUUUACUCUGCUGUAGAAACUGACUGUAUUUGUGGUUUUCAAACCUUAGCAGUGAAACUUCUUCCAAGUAAAUUUUUAGUCUGUAUGCACAAGUUACCCCCAUUAUAUAGAAGCUACAUUUUAUUAAUACAGGUGUCCUUUUAUAAACUUAGUACAGUGUGGUCACCAUUAAGUCAGGGUAGGAAAAUGUCACAGUGAUUGGUGAUACAGUUUCAUUAGAGUUUAAUGAGUAACAAAUUUGUGUGAUGAAAAGCUUUUGUUUUGUAAAAAAUACUACUAAUAGUAUUUCAGGGCUGGGGGUGUGGUUCAGCUGGUAGAGUGCUUGCCUAGCAUGCAUGGAGCCCUGGGUUUCACCCCAACACUGCAUAGAAACAAGCAGUCCUGGUGCUGUAUUCCUGGAACCCCAGCACUUGGGAGGAGGAAGCAGGAAGAUCAGAAGUUCAAGGAUAUCCUCAACUGCAUAGAGAAUUCAGGGCCAUCCUGGGCUACAUUGGGACCCUGUUUCAAAAACGGUGUGGGUGGUGAGGCUGGAGAAAUGGCCCAUUGGUUAAGAGAAAUUGCUGUUCUUACAGAGGACCCGAGUUCAAUUCCCAGCACCUAUACUGGUGGAGUCACCAACAGCCUAUAAUACUAGCUCCAGGGGACCCAUACCUCUUCUGACCCACCCCCACACCCC